AUGGAACAUCAGAGGGGCCCCAACACAGUCUCCUCGCCGCCAGCAUCACCCGAGGCCGCACGCCAGAUGCGUGCGCAGAGCGUGUACUCGGCCCCUUCUCCCGAUUCUCUCCCAAAACAACGUCCCCAGAGUAUGUUUGGUCGACCUCCCGCGCGGAGCCAAAGUCGCAUGAGCCAGAGUAGCAAUCCCGUGGCAAGCAGGGCGUCAGACGAAGAUGCAAAGAUAUCGGUCAAGGUUGUCGUUCGGGUUCGGCCACCUCUGGGCCCCUCCGAUCCCGGCUUUGAUCUCAUUCCACAGAGAUUCCAGCGGUCAAUGGUCCAAGUGAAUACAAAUACCAGUCUUGCCGUUGAGUCACCCCAGGGCCGAAAAAUAUUCAUAUUCGACCGCGUCUUUGGCCAGGACACGACACAGCCCGCAAUAUGGGAAUACCUGCAGGAUGGCGUCGACUCUUUCCUCCAAGGUUACAAUGUCUCAAUCCUGGCCUACGGCCAGUCCGGCUCUGGCAAGAGUUAUACGAUGGGCACAUCUGGUCCAACCGAGCAAUUUGACGUCGCUCUCAAAGGCGUUAUCCCCAGAGCCGCGCAAUAUUUGUUCGACCAUCUCAAUAACAGCAGCGGGCCUCCUCACUCUCGACAGAAUUCUGGUUUGAAGUCACCCACAAGAUACUCGGUAACAAGUUUAAAUCAAGUCAUGCAGAACUCCAAAUCUUUCGCGGACAAAGGGUGGGAGAUGUCCGUCACCUAUGUUGAGAUCUACAACGAGCACCCGAGAGAUUUACUGCUUCCAGAAGACGCCCCUUUUACCGAAAGAGCCAACGUUCAGAUUCGAGAAGAUCCUCGUGGCCGAAUAUUCGUCGAAGGUCUCAAUUCCGUUCGGGUUUCUACCUUUGAAGAACUGAUACGAGUUCUCAACCACGGUUCCGCCAUUCGUCAAACGGAUGCGACCGCCAUCAAUGCACGAUCUUCUCGGUCACACGCCGUCUUCACGAUCAACCUCCGCCAGACCAAAGCUCAAGGCUUCAGCCCAACCAAAGACAAGCGCUCUUCGGUCCCUAUCGAUCAACUGUCUGGAGGCGAUUCUCCCAUGACGGUGGAAAGCAAACUUCACUUCGUGGACCUGGCUGGUAGUGAGAGACUCAAGAAUACUGGCGCCACCGGCGAUCGUGCGAAGGAGGGCAUUUCCAUCAAUGCAGGCUUGGCCAGUCUGGGGAAAGUCAUUGCUCAAUUGUCAUCAAGGACGGCCGGUACAUAUGUGUCGUACAGGGAUUCCAAAUUGACCCGAAUGCUGCAGGACUCGUUGGGUGGUAACGCGAUCACAUACAUGAUAGCUUGCGUAACGCCCGCCGAAUUCCACCUCAGCGAGACUCUCAAUACGGUACAAUACGCUCAGCGCGCCCGGAAUAUUCAGAGCAAACCCAAAAUCCAACAAAUCGACGACAGCGGCGACAAACAAGCCAUGAUCGAACGAUUACGUGCCGAAAUCGCUUUUCUGAGACAGCAAAUUCGCAGUGCCGAAUCGAGCGAGCAACGACCCGGCGCUAUAUCGGAGAGAACAGAUCGCCCCAAUGGACGGGAAAACGAGCUGCACAAUCAAUUGUUGGAUGUCCAAGAGAGCUACAAUGCCCUCAGUCAGAGACACGCAAAACUCGUCUCUGAGUUGACGAGGUAUGCCGAGAUCCAUGACCAAGUCAACCCGAUCGCGGGCGAAACUGCCAUCGAUCGCUUGAAACGAUCUCAAGCCAAUCAAGAAAUGAUUGAACAAGUUGUCAUGGAAUAUGAGAAGACAAUCCAGAGCCUCGAGGCGAAUCUUUCCAACACUCGGUCAUCUCUAGCCACGACUGAGAGCAAGCUUCUGGAGAGAGAGACCAAGUGUGCGUAUAUUGAAACCAUGAACCUGCAGCUAAAUUCACGUGUUCAAAAAUUGAUGGAUCGAGAAUCAAACACGGACCAGUAUCUUCAUGAUCUCGAGGCGAGACUAGAUGAUCAGCAUUCUGGAGGAGAGAAGAACGAUGCCAUCAUCUCGGAAUUGCGCAAGGAGAUCGCACGAAUCAGAGAGAGCGAAACAAAUGCAGAAGAUUACAUUUGUACCCUGGAAGAACGACUGGCCGAAGCUGACCAGGACAUGGAAAUCAUGCAACGCGAAGUCGAGAGGCUUGAGCACCUGGUCGAGCGUCAGAGAAGUCUAGGGAAACUGGACAACCUUCUCUACGAACUCGACCACGUACAAAACAAAGAUGCAAAACCCAAAGCACAGCAAGAACCAGUUCAAGCAACCAAUAGUAUCGAGAAUGGACAUGACAAUCAAUACACGGCCGCAGAGGAGACGGAGCUGCCCAGUGAAACGGAAGACGAGCUGGCUGAGGAACCCGGAGAGCUUUCAGAGCAGCCUUCUGCCGAGAGCGACGAAGCAGGCCUCGAAAAAUUGGAGACUGCUACGUCCCAGCGGCAAUCCCUCCACACAGGCAGGAGGCACGAAGCUCUCCCCAGUCCUGCUCAAUCAAAAUUCGUCACCGAGAAAUUUGAAGCGGUCAGCCAGGAAUUGUUCGACCUUCGACUUGAGCAUGAAUCAACCGUUAACGAACUGGAUCUCAUGUCUGCCAAAUAUCAUGAGGCACUCCGCACCCUAGCCCAGAUGCAAGAUUCCAUUGAUGAGGAACGUCAGGCUGUGGCAUCGGCCCGGUCGAGUAGAGCUCCAGAAGGCGCUUCCGGCCAGACUUUUUUAGACGAGAGCGAACUGCACGAAGAGGAGAAUGGACAAGAGUUGCCCUCAUCACGAUCACUCUCCUCGGAAUUGUCCUCGGCUGGGGAAUCUACGCCGUCGACCGACACCGAUAUCACGCCGGUUUCUAAGAAGGACCCGUCAAUGGAAGUUGCAUCACAGGAGAUUGAACGUUUACGAAAUCUUCUUGCAGAACAUGAACACAGCAUACAUGAAGUCACGGAACAGUAUACUCAGUUGCAGGCUGACCACAAAGAGGCUCUGACCGCUGUGGAACGACUCAAGACACAGGUUCAACGAUCCAGACCUGGGUCACCCGGCACUGCUGGCAUGCUCCGACGCAUGACGUCGCAGAGCGGCACUGGGGUUGAUCGAGGACAACGCUCCGUGACUUCUUUGCGGGCACUUUUAGCCGAGGAAUUUGAAUCCAAGCCGGAUCGUAUGGAAACAGCAGAAGUUCACCUCAGCGCCGCUAUCAACGAACUUCAAGCCAGACUGGACCGGAUACAAGCCCUUGAAGCCGAAGUCAAGAGCUCCAAGAAGGAGAUGGAACUCAAAUCAACCAUCAUCUCUGGCUUGACAAGGGAGAGGACGAGUAUAAAGGCAGGAUCUCCGGUGGACCUUAACAUGGUGUCCCAGCUGCGAGAUCAAAUCAUCCAGAAAGAACAGGAACUCAAGUUGCUGCACGAAGAGUAUGCCCAUCGCGAGCAAGGUCUGCAAGAACAGAUUCAGCGAUUGACGUCCGAAAGGGCCAACGCACAGGACGCUUCCUCGCCCUCUCACAUCGAAAAGGAGAUUGACGUUUUGAGGACCGAACUGUCGGAGCUGAGAACGCAGCUGCAAUCAUCACAAGCAGCGGCGAAGGAUGCAGAGAAGAAUUAUGGUCGGACAAAGACGGAGCUCGAGGCAGCUCUCGCUAGUCUAGCGACCUUGAAAGCUCAACAAUCCACUGGCGAAGGAGACGUGGCGUCGGACGGCGCUGCUGCUGCCGAAGCCAUGCAGACCGAGCGUGGCAAUUAUCAAGACCUGAUUAGCAAUCUGAAGCAAGAUAUGGAGGAGCAGCGUGCUGCGAACGCCGAUCAAUUGGCCAAGAGUUCAGAACUGCGCCAGCUGCACGAGUCCCUCAGCAAAGAUUUCGAUGCUCAAUCAGAGUUGGUGAGAUCUCAAGCGCAGGAAAUAGCUGCCCUGAAGGAGGAAGUAGCGCAACUUGAACAGAAGGUCCAGGCAGCAGAAUCGGCGGCAGAGGCUCACAAGCAUGGCCUCAAGGCGCUUCGUGAAGCUCAUGCAAACGAAGUUGAGGAGAUGAAACUUUCUCACAGUGGUCACCUGGCCGGGUAUGAUGAUCAGAUUGCCGAGAUGACGGCAAAGCACGAAAAACUGGUCGCUGCGUAUAAGACAGAUCUCGAGCAAGCCUUGUCCACCGUGGAGAAACUGGUGUCAGAUGCACAAACCGCACUUGGCCACCGCACGACGGCCGAUAUGCUCGCGAGCCAUAUUCGGGACCUGAUGGACGAGAAGCGCCACAUUGCCGAAGCCAACGCACGCAUCACUGCGGCCAAUGCCGAACUUGAACGGCAACUGGAAGGCAGACAAAGUCUUCUUGAAUUGGAGGAAGAGCUUGCAAAUGCCAACAACAAGAUUGCGAACUAUCAAGAAACCAUCCGCAGCCUUGCAAAUGAAGUUGGCAAUCACGAAGAGACCAUCCGCGACCAAGACAACUUGCUCAAGAAAGCCCAGGCCCAGAUCGAGGCGGUUGAGGCAGAAAAGGCCAAGAAGUUGGUCCUGAUCGAAGAACUGGAGCAGCAACUACAAAAUAGCUUCGAUCAGCACAACAACCGGGUCUCAAUGAUUCAAGCUCAAGGGAACCAAGCCUUGGUCGAAGCUCAGCAGCGUAUCAGUGUGCUGGAAAAGGACCUAGAUCAGCGAAGAUCAAUCAAUGAGGGAGGAUCAGACCAUGGGUCACGGAGCAACACAAUGAAGUCUCAACAUCGCCCACAGUCUCCGCCCGUGGAAGGAGGACCUCCGAGGUCGAAUUCCAUGACCUCGAAUUUGCGGAAGUCGGCGUCUAUUGCUUCGCUACCGUCGCCUCCCCCGGCCAUCCCUCUACCUCCGUUGCCCAGCAUACAUGGCCUACAAGUUGCCGGCGCCAAUGCCAAUAACCCUUCCCCUCCGCAAUCUCGCCAUACCUCCAAGGAGGUGACUCUACCGAUCACGCCCGUGUCCGGCACGGCUGUGUCCUCCAACAAUUCCCAAAACAUCCGGCGGCAUUCUGCUCUUAUCGAAGAACAAGAGAACCGGCUCCGGACGAUCGAGAAACAUCUCCACGCCGAGAAGCAGUUAACGGCCACUCUGGAAGAGGCGCUCGUCGAUCUCGAGACACAGUCCAACAAGUUACGUGUCGACGCGGAGAACUGGAAAAAGAAGGCGUGGGCCAUGGAGGAGGAACUCUCCGGGCUCAAGAAGGAGCGGCGCUCCGAAAGGCUCAGCGUGCAGGCCGUCGAAGAGGAAGUCAAGAAGCGCCGAGAGGCCGAGGCUGCGCGUGCGCAGUUGGAAGAGCGCAUGAAGCUGUUGACUGUUGGUAAGGACGGGAAGUCGAAGAAACGCAAGGGAAGCUCGUUGAAUUGUUUCUGA